AAAAUAGUUAUUUGUGCCUUUUUAGAAACGUCAAAUUUCGACCCAGCAAUUAUUAUUUUCUCACUUUUUUUAACUUUAUUCCCUAUUCUUUCUUAAUCCUUUUCUUCUAAAUCUCCAAAAUGCCUUUAAUGGAUAUAAAUAAUCCGGAUGUUAUAAAGUUUCUAACACAAACUUAUGAGAAAACAGCCCUCCUUCGAAUGAAAUGGAACACUAUACAUGGAGACAAAUUGCAAAAGGCAGCUACUUUAAACCGGGAAGAGAAAGGAUAUUAUGAACAGGAUGUUGCAGAAAAUUCGUUGAUUGCUGGCAUGGCCACUGUCACAAGGGACAGCAUUUCUGGGGGAGUAAACAGGAGGAAAAAAGGGAUUCGAGAUGGGGUCCACAUACCAGGCAUAGCUGACUUGAGGAAAGGACAUUCUAUCAUUGAUGUAGGCCUUGGGGACGCCAAAGAAGACCCUCGACUUGCACGACCAGAUACUGAUCUGUCGAAAGAUCCGGUAAUGCGGCCUAUCGAUCCGGAAGAAAAGAACAUAAUAUACGAAGGUAUACCCCACUUCGGACGCGCAAUGUAUAUCAGAAGGAGAGGCGUAAUCAUUCCAGAAAAGAAGUAUUAUUUAAGAGAAACUAGUGGAUGGGAAUAUGGGUGGAGGCUAAAGGAUAGUUAUUUCAGUGCUCACGCCCCUAAAUACGGUCGCGUAUGGCACCUUACUCGAGGUUCAAUGAGUCGAAGUGGACCCCAACCAGACCCUGAUCAUUAUAAAGAGCUUGAACAUCGCGGUACAACAAAGUGUCAUAAUGCUUAACGCGACUUACUUAUUUCGAAAGUGUUUUAUUUUAGGUUAUAUUUAUGUUUUUAGGCGAUAUACCUACGUACUUAUUGUUUUGAUAGAUGUUAAUUAUUUUUAUGAUUGUCUUGUAGUUUUGUAAUUAUGUAUCUACUAUUUGUUAUUCGUAUUGUUGAUGCUCUUAGGUGCAAAUAUUUGUUAUUAUGAAUUAUUUUUAAAAUAUAUUUAGUGUAUACAAUUA